GCCACAGUUGGUCACACUCUCGUUCUGAUGGUAAGCAAAUGAGUAGCAAACUCAACACGAGUGUGGGAACGAAUGUGCAUGAUACCACUCUAAUCACCAUCAAUUCGGAGGCCAGCGGUCCGGUAGCUAGACAUACGGCAGCAGGUUUCAAACCUCUACAGGUCAUGACCUUGAGACACCAUGACAUUAGCCUGAGAGCAUCUCACAGCUCAGCGAGUACAUCCGGUUAUGAUGAGCCAGAGGAGGUAAAAAAUGUUAUGGCCCGCACUAAAGUCUCCCCUCAAAAAGUUAAAACAAACAAUCGCAGUCUUUCAAAAAUAGCUGAUUUUCCUCCUAAAACCUGCCUACCUCCUGCAUUCACAGGCAACAGAUUUGAACCUGUCAGUGUUGGUCAGACAAAAACUCACCCUGUCAAUCAAACUGAAAAGGGUGUCAAAAACCAAAGUUUUAGGACUCGGGCUAUGCUUACAAUAGGUGAAAAGGACAUGAGUCGUUCUGUUAUUAAAUGCCAAAUUGAUGCUAACCCGGGCAAGCACAGAUCACAUUGUGGUGUUCAAAACCAGCACAGUAGAAAAUUAGUACGUAGAGCAUUGUGGAGUACAAAGAAAUUA